AUGCCAUCAAUCAUCCGCCUCUGUCCACGCCCCUUCACCUCACUCCCCUGUCACCCAGCCUUCGACGGCGAAGAUAACACCGUCACCCGCGACAGCAACGAGACAGCCCAGUCUCGUCCCGACCUCCGCACCUUUCUUCACUCUGCUCUCUUAGAAGCCCAGACCUUCCUGGUCACCACCAUCCCGCGGAACUUCAAGGUUAACGGCCGAGCGCGCUGGUCUCCACCAUCAACCGCCAAGGUCCAGCUCCUCACUCAUACCAUCCGCGCGGAGGACCAAGAACUCGACUACCCGGGCCGCAGACAGGAUGAGUUCUGGGUCUGUCGGCGCAGUGUGCAUCUCGAUGCGCCCGUGGAGGGGACCGCGUCGUGGAAUGAGUUCCGGCGCGGGUUGAGGGAGAAUCAUUCCGAGAAUGAGAUGGAGUAUACACCUAGUUUGACGGGUGUGGAGAGGUUGAUGGAGUGGCCUAUACAGGAUGAGAUAGAGGGAGGAUGGAGGGAGGUGGAUAUGCAUGUGAACAUGCUCACCCACACGGUUCAGCCACAAGCCCUCGUUUCCCCACGCAGCUUCGUCAGUCUGAUCAUCUCCGCCCUCAGUCCCCCAAGUUCUCCCAAUACUACCGAGUCGAAUAGCUGGGUGACUAUACAGAUCCCACUGGCACAUGACCCUGUCGACUCCAUCCCCGAGUCCAUCCGGUCCAGGAUCGCUUCGUCGGCGCCAAAGAACACCAUCUUCGCCUCGUACGCCAGUAUCGAGCGUCUGGUUCACCUAUCUCCUCCCCGCCGUGGUAGUAGCGGCAGCGGUGGUGGAACGGGUGAUCUGACUGUCAGCAGGACCCAGAGUCAGUCGCGGUCGAAGGUCGAAUGGACCUUGGCGACGACUUCGGAUGCUGGCGGUUCAGUUCCCCAGUGGGUGCAGCGGAGCUGGUACUUCGGUGGUGUGCCCAAGGCUGUGGUUAAGGAUGUUGGGCUCUUUAUCGGGUGGACUGCGCAACGGAGGAGCUCGAACCCGCCCUGA